UCGUAUUGUUGACGGGUUAAUUGGGAAUAGAACGUGCAGUGCGUGCUUUUGGCUUCCAAAGCACACUUUCACUCCGCCUGCACUUGUAUUAAACAACUAAAUGAGUAAGCUGUUUCAGAAGUGAUCAGUCUCCAAUUGCAGUGACAGCCAGAUACAGGUUGUAAAGUAUGGCGUGGGGUGGUGACUACUCGGCAUUACAAUUUGCUAUUGUUGAGGAUAAUGAUACGCAUGGCAAGUUCAAGAUAGACAGAGAAGAUUUAGGGGAUUUUAGAAAGCUGGAAUUCAAUAUCACUUUUGAUCAGGGACAAAGAGAACUGCGAGUACGAACCAGGAAAGAUGGUGACCUAUAUGGUUUCAAUUACAUUAUUAAAGGAUUGAUCAAUACUACUAACCUGCAAGGGGGACUCAAGAAAGAAAAGAGAUGUGCGUUCCUUCAAAUUGAUAAGGAUUUAAGAAAUGGAUCUUUCAAGCUCUCAGACAAUUAAGCAAGGAGCAUGCUUUUAUUGCAUCUUACUGAGGAAGAGCAUCCUAGUUCCACAUAAAGUGCACAGCAGAUUUUAUUGUCACAGUUAAGCUUCCACUAGAACAGCCAGGGUAGAAAAUGUCAGCAUCCGCUGUACUUUUUGACAACCAGAAUGGACAGCAUGUUUAAACAUUUUUGAAUAAUGGAUGAUAAUAUAUUUGAAAAACUAGACUUUUUUUUUAAAUGUUUAAUUCUUUUGUCACUGUUUUUCUUAAUGAGUCACAAUUAGUGCUAUUUUUUUCUCAAAUGAUUUGAUAUAAUUAAAGUGCAAUUCAUCAACUGACCAUCAUACUAACAUGUAACAUUUAUAUUUAAAACUAUGCAUAAACCAACCUUAUUUUACCUGUAACUUUCACACCUAAAUCUUUACCUCUAUAUCUGUGGUGUCCUCCUACUUCUCUGGCUGGUCGGGCUCUACCUUUUCUUUAUAGGGUAACUGCUGAUUUGAAUGAUCUAGUAAAUAUUUGAUGUGUUUUGUAUAUCAUAUGAAAAUAUGUUUAUUUCUUAUUGGUAUUUUAAAGAUUUGAUGGUUUUGGCAAGCAUUACUUACAUUUACAUAAAAGCACAUUGUUGAUGCGAAAAUUUAACAUGUUUUUAACCCUUCAUCAUAAAAUGCUUGGCAGUUCAAAUCUCCCAGUAUGUCAAUGAACUGUCUUUCUUCCAAGUGUUCAUUUGAAAACAUUACUAGUCAUUGCUAUUUCUUGAGAAAUAAUGGACUUAUCAUUUGCAAAUUUCAUAUGAAGGUAACCCUUGUUCUCUUCUUGCCCACUUGAUUUUGGUACUUAUCAGAUAAAGAAAAUGGCCGAUAAGUGGCCAUCUUGAAUUUUGAACAUGAGUGAUUUUUAUAAUUUCGUCAAAGAAGUAUCAAAUGGAUCUUGCUCAAAUUUCAUAUUUAGGUUCCACUUGGUCCUCACUAAGAAUAAAAUGACUGACAAGGUGGUCAUCUUUGAUUUUGACAAUAAAAGUUUGCUUUCACUAUUUCUUGAGAAAUACUGGUUGGAUCUUGCUCAAAUUUCAUAUGUAGGUUCCCUUAGUCUCUAUUUGUGCUCUUUUGAUUUUUAGAUUGAUCAGAAAAAUAAAAUGGUCAUCUUUUAAAAUUUUAAAUCAUUAUCACUAUAUCUGAAGAGGAAUUUUCUUAUGUUAUUUACAUGUAAUCAAGAGCAAGAAUACAGGAAAAAUAGAAAAAAGCUGGAAAAGUGCCAAAAUCCCUCUGGAAUCUCAUUUCGCAUUUCUCUUUCCUUAUUAGACACAUCCUGUAUAAAAUAAUGAUUUAGGUUGUUUAUGUUUAGUGAACAUAUGACUGCAGGUUAUUUUAAUUUUCAAUCAAAAUUCUCCAUAGUCAUUAUGUAUCUGAUUUUUAGUGUAUAUCUGAUGUUAGUUGUGUUGAUAAUGUAAUCACAUAUUUGUAAUAAAAUACAAUGAUCUA